UGCUAAGAAAUAAAACAUUUAUUUUAAUUGAAAUAUGACACCUAAACCACAACAGGAAUUGAAUAGUGGUCUAACGCCUCCAAGCGUCAAGGCCAAUUGUUCAGCCUCAAUAGUUAGAAAUAAUAACAAUAAUAAUGAUAAUAAUACAACAGCCAAUAAUCGCAAUUCGGCCUUUGUUAACGGUGGAUUUGAAAGUGAAAAGGGAAAAAGUGCCAAUGAUGAUGAUUGUCUUACAUUACAAGUAACUGGUGUUAUACCAACUAUUGUUACUCCGGAUAAUGAUCAAGAACAACCAUUGAUAGAUUUUGAUGAUUUACUACCAAUGGUUGGUGAAUUUGGUUUAUAUCAGAAGUUUCUAUUUGUUUGUAUGAUACCGUUUGCGUUUUUUGUUGCAUUUGUAUAUUUUGCACAAAUUUUCAUUACUUUGGUGCCGGAAGAGCAUUGGUGUAGUGUCCCGGAAUUGGAGCAUUUAGAUGUGACUGAGAGAUUGGCACUAUCAAUACCACUUGAAGCUGAUGGGUAUAGCAAAUGUUCAAUGUAUGGAGUGAACUUUACCGAAAUGCUUGCCAAAGGGAUCAAGGUUGCUGACCCAUCAUGGCCAAUUGUGCCAUGUCAACGUGGCUGGACAUAUAAUUUCACCGAAAUACCCUACGAAACAGUUGCCACCGAACAGAACUGGGUGUGUGAUCAAGCAGCACUGCCAACAUAUGCCCAAUCGAUAUUCUUUGUUGGUGCAAUUGUAGGUGGAUUGCUAUUCGGAUGGAUCGCUGAUAGAUUUGGACGUAUUCCAGCAUUAAUAUGGUCUAAUAUGAUUGGAUUUGCUGCGGGUGUUGCAACAGCAUUUGCUGGUAACUUCUGGCAGUUUGCUCUUUUAAGGUUCUUGGUUGGAUUUGCAUUUGAUAAUUGUUUUACCAUGAUGUACAUAUUAGUUCUUGAAUACGUUGGACCAAAAUGGAGAACCUUUGUUGCCAAUAUGUCCAUCGCUAUAUUCUUCACAGGUGCAGCUUGCGCACUUCCAUGGAUUGCUUAUUUCUUAGCUGACUGGAGGCUCUUAGCCAUUGUUACAUCUUCACCACUUGUUUUGGCCGUUUUGACACCUUAUUUAGUACCCGAAUCAGCUAGAUGGCUUGUAUCUCAAGGCCGAUUCGAAGAAUCUAUAACCAUUCUCAAGAAGCUUGAAAGUGUAAAUGGCAAGAAUGUACCACCUCAAGUAUAUGAUGAUUUCCGUUAUAGUUGUCAAAAGAUCCAACAAGAGGAAGCCUCUCACAGUUCAUACUCAGUUUUGGAUCUCUUCAAAACUCCCAGACUACGCCGCAUCACACUUUUAUUGAUUGUCAUUUGGAUGUCAAUUUCUCUGGUCUUUGAUGGACAUGUUCGAAAUGUUGGCUCACUUGGACUUAAUAUUUUCUUCACAUUCACCGUUGCAACAUUCACCGAAUUCCCUGCUGAUACUAUGUUGACAUUAACUUUGGACAGAUGGGGCAGAAGAUGGUUAGCUUGUGGAACUAUGAUACUAAGUGGUAUUUUCAGUCUUUUGGCAACCACUGUACCAAUUGGACCUUAUUCUGCAGCACUUGCCAUAGCUGGUCGAUUCUUUGUUAACAUCUCAUACAAUAUUGGGCUACAAUAUGCAGCUGAGUUAUUGCCAACAGUAGUUCGAGCUCAAGGUGUUGCUUUUAUUCACAUUAUGGGUUAUGUUGCAAGUAUAAUUGCUCCUUUUGUUGUCUAUUUGGCUAAUAUCAGUCCAGUAUUACCGCUGCUUAUUCUUGGUGCUUUGGGAAUUUUCGGUGGUUCAUUAUGUCUAUUUCUGCCUGAAACCCUUGGACAUGAACUACCACAAACUAUGGCUGAUGGUGAAGAAUUUGGCCGAGGACAAAGAAUUUGGGAUGUGCCAUGUCUGGCCAAGAAAAUCGAUGACGAAAUCACUGACAUUGAAAAAAGCAAAGUGCAACACUUUGUCAGAUCUACACAAACUGGGGCAUCUUUGCGGGCAUCGACUCGAGGUGAAGCCCAAUCAAGUAUUCUUCGACGAUCAGUUAAUUCUAGACUUUCUUCAAGGCUAUAAAAAAAAAAGAAUUACAAAAACCAAAAAAAGAACACCAUAAGCAAUUACUAAUUUUUGUCCAUUUUAUUUUUGGACUUGUUUGCGCUAGCCAACUUUUUGAAAGUAGGUUAAUUCAUUUAGCCAUCAACUAGUCUCAGAACUUUUGUACAGAAUGUAAAUAAGUAAAAAAAUUCAAUUUAAGCUCUAUAAUAUGUAUGUAAUGUCCUCGAAUCGCUGCAAUGAUAUGGAAAAACAGCUCUUCACGUUAAGCACCAAUUUUAUUGCGUAGAUAAAUAAAGAUUCAAAUCUUAAUAAGAAAAAAAAAAUUAUUAAAAUAUAUGUAUGACAGUUAAAUU